AGGAAGAAGAUGACUCAAAGCCAAAACCAAAAUUCAUGUCAAACAUUGUUGCCCCAAAGAUCCCAGAUGGCGAGAAAGUGGAUUUUGAUGACAUCCACAGGAAGCGUCAAGAGAAAGAUCUGUCCGAGCUGCAGUCGCUCAUCGAUGCUCACUUCAUCCAGAGGAAGAAGGAGGAAGAGGAGCUCGUCGCCCUCGUCAACAGAAUUGAAAAGCGUCGUGCCGAGAGAGCGGAGCAGCAAAGGAUCCGAACUGAGAUGGAGAAAGAGAGGCAGGCCAGGCUUGCCGAGGAGAAGGAGCGAAGAGAGCAGGAGGAGCAGCGCAAGAAGCAUGACGAAGACGCCAAGAAGAAGAAGGUCCUCUCCAGCAUGACUCAGCAGUACGGCGCCGGACAGAAGAGUGAAAAGAAAGGCAAAAAGCAGACAGAGAGAGAGAAAAAGAAGAAGAUUCUGGCAGAUCGCAGGAAGCCGCUCAACAUCGACCACUUAAGUGAUGACAAGCUCAAGGAGAAGGCUAACGAGCUGUGGCAGUGGCUGAUGCAACUGGAGACGGAGAAGUACGAUCUCAACGACAAGUUCAAAAGGCAGAAGUGUGACAUCAACCUCCUCCUUGUCCGUGUGCAGGAUCACCAGAGGUAA